UUGAUUUGACAUUUCUAAAUAAACAAACGUUACUAGCGCGUAAACCAUAUCGUACGAAUCCGUAUCGAUUUUAAUUGUAAACAGUCAGUAACACUGCUACAAUUUAUGUAUUUUGUAAAUAGUUACAUAUCGUAAUUUGAUCUUUAGCAAAUAACAUAGCUAGAUGUCAACACAGUCGAAAACAAUGCCUAUAUUAGAGUUAAAAGUUUACGUGAGAGUCGUCGCUGCGGUGUUCUCAAUAUCAUCAUCAACUGCAUUUGUGAUGGUGUUGCUUCGUUUAUUGUAUCCAGAUCUGUACUACUUAGAACCAUUAGUUGGCAGUGAUUUGGUAAUCCAUUACUUCAUAUCCGGUCUGAUGGUGGUGGCCAGUGGCAUCGGCUUCUUGAACAGCUGCGUGGUGAUGAACCGGAGCGCCGUGCACAACACCGGCCGGAACAUCACCACGUGGUUACUGCUGGACUCGCUGUUCGAGACGAGUCGAGUGGUUUACGUGUUCAUAUGUGAAAUAGUACUGAAGGGCAAGGGAACAGUACAGUUGUAUGAACUGCUAGUCAGCGCUGCGCAAUAUUUGCUGGACAGCUUCCUCUACUGCCAAAUGAUUCUCAGACACUAGUACAGGCGGGAAUUAUUCGGUUGACACUGCUAUCCAUCCGCAGCAUGCGGUCGGCUUCCCGUGAGAAUUAGUAAGUGUUGUUACAUUUUAAAAGGCCUAUAUUUAGUAUAAAUAGUAUUAUUUAUAUUGACUAAAAAUUUGGUUAUAUUUUUAAUUAAAUAUAAUGAAAAGGUUUAGGCGUCGAGUAGACGAGUGACAGCGUAGGCAAUUGAUCUAAUAAAUGUAUAGAAUUUAAGACACCUUUGGAACCAAAACUUCAUUUUUUUUUAUACGACUUAGAAUGGCAAACAAGCUGACGGCCCACCUGAUGGAAAGUGGUAACCAUCGCCUAUAGACAUGAGUAGUACCAUGGACAUAACAGAGUAUACUGUUUCGCCUAUGAUACCCCCCAUGCGUUGCCAUUCCUGAGGACUCAGGUGUUAUUCCUCUGUACCCUGUAAAUUCACGCCAUAUCCCAUCCUUCAAACCGAAACACAGCCAUGUAAACACAACUGCUUCACGGUUGAAACACGAAUGGGACAGAGGUACCCAAGCAAUCGACUUUUGUACAAAGUCAUAUUAUAUUAAUGUCUUCUCAUGAACUUUCUCAAGGGACUAUAUGUUAUAUCCCUGAUGUUACAGGCAUCCAUAGAACGUUAUGAAUUAUUGCUCAACAGGCAGACUGUAUGCCUGAUUUAAUCCUCAUUACAUAAAAAAGUAAAAAAAAAAGUGUGGUCCCGGCAUAGAAUAGGCCACCCCUUCUUUACCCAUAGGUGUCGUAAGAGGUGACUAAGGGAGAGCGAGAGAUAGGCACCAGUGUCCUACUUGAAACAUCUCCAAAGCCUAACUACGGUUGCCAAUCCACCUGCCAAGCGUGACAACUACUGGAAAACCCUCCAAGGGAGGUGCUUACAUUCAGCAAUAUUAUAAUAUGAUAUAAUAUUUAAAAAAAAGUGUAAAUAGACUGUAUUUUUUAAUUGUGCAUCUUGGAAAUGUUAUAUGGUUCCAUACAUUUGUAAACGCGAAGAAAUUGCACGAAUCGCCACUCGUAAUCUACUCAGCACCUAAGCUGAUGCAGCGUCAAUUUAUAGCAGCUAAAUGUUAUGCCAAUGAUUAUUGAUGCCUUAUGCAGCAAAUAUUUCUUCAAUAAUCCCAAAGUGUAAAUUUAGUAAAAUACAUCGAAGAUCGAAAACUGUCGUCUACCAGGCAGCUUAAAUAUAGACCUUUUGAAUGAAUGAUGCAUCGCAAUAAACUAUUUUUAUAAUUUUACGAAACAGGACGGUGAAGGUAACUGUUACUUAUUAGUUAUUUCACCACAACUGUGAUCAAAUUAAUAUAUUACGUAACUGGCAAUUAAUAUAGGAUCUAUAUAGCUCGUCAAGUUUGUUUGUGGCAGUUCUGCGGUGGGAAAACGUGCGGUGGAGGGAGGAGAGGUGUAUAUCUUUUUUUUUUUUUCAUUUAAGUUUCCUCUUGUAGGUGCAACUAAUUCAUGCAUUUUCCUCCAGCUACCUCUAUCCCAUAUCUUUGACCUCUCUAUACGACAUGAUACCUAGUAUUUUCUUUAUCUGUCCCAUGUAGUUACUCCUCGGUCUUACCCUUCCUCUUUUGCCCUUUAUUUUUCCGUCUGGGCAAAUCUAGAGGGCAAAAGGGAUAUAUCUAUCGGUGACUAAAUCUAAAUUGGAUGUAAGCAAGACAUAUUUUGCAUGAGGCCCUUUGGUAACAGAGUCAGAUUAAUAAAAUUUAAAAAGUGCAAUUUUGGCCGAAAAAAAUAUUGAAUUUUACGAAACGCGAUGGUUUUAGCACCUUACGCCGCCUCUGGAGGGAGCACGUUAUAUACGCUCACGAAAAUGCGUUAUUUCCAGUUUUUCCACUAUACUAUUCAAAUCUUAUUAAUAAUUCAGUUGACAAAAAAUUAUACACUCACGAAAUAAUCAUACAGAGUAUAAGCAGAGACAUCAGAGAGCAUACCACUUACAUAAAGAACACACAAUGUGCAUCAAAAUUGUCGAGCAGCGUUGAUUUUCAGCGAAGAUCUAGAAAAAUCGAUAUAUUAUGCAUAUUAUAUCGAUAUAUUAUGCAUAAUCGAUAUUUUAUGCAUCUACACCGUUUACCUCUCCGCCCGACCCUCUAGGGAGUGCCACGUACAAAGUUGACUGUGAACGGUGCAUUCCAAAGACGACUGUAGUAGUUUGCUAAAAAUUAAGUUUCGGUUAAUGUACAUCAGUUUGUUUCCUAUUAGGUGUAGUAUUUAUAUAGAGUGUCUUAUGUUUAUUUUGUGUGUUAAUUAAGUAUGCCAGCUUUGAACAGCUAGAAUUAUGGAACUCAAUUCGUAAUCUGAAUUAGGCCUCUUCUAAAAAAUUUUAUUUGUUAGUUUAAUUAACAUAAUUUAAAAUGUAAGUGAAAUUAAAAUGAUUCUUGUACAGAGAGGCCUAGAUUAACGUCAUGAUAAAAUAUAUACUGUGCCUCCUAAUGUCAAAAAUGUUAUAAGUGUCACAGAAUAUGUAAAGAUGAGAGCUAUAAAAGCGAAUGAAGCAAGAAAUGUGUGUAUGAGUCGAGUUCAGUGUCAUAAUUGACAUAUUAUUGGUGUCUGAGGCCAGCCUUAGGGGUAUUUAACCAAUGAUAAAUUAUCAAAUUGUCACAGAUGUUUGUUUGGAAGAUUAAUAAUCUAUAUUCUCAUUAAUGGGUAAGUAAAAUGUAUUAUAAGUUUAUAUUUGUAUGAGAUUCUUUAACUGUAUAACCUUCAAACGCUAAAUGAAAAAUUAUGGAUAAGAGUUGGUCUAAAAUUACCAUUUUUGCAAUUCACCUAUUUGGCCAUUUUCUAUAAUACUCUAAUGAAAUGCAUGUGUUUCUAUCGAAAAUCACACUUUUAUAUUACUAAAUUUUUUAAACUCGUUAGCAAAAAAAUCACUUGUUAAAUACAGCUAUCGUGUCAGAAACUGCCAAUUAGAUGGAUUGCAAAUAUGGACUGUUAUGUAAUUGUACUAAAAUGGCCAUUUUAACCGUCUGACAAAUAAUCUGAGAAAUGACACUCACUUUAUGGCACCUUGAUUCGUAAAACUGUCCCCAAUUGCCCCAUUUACGAUUGCCGCCGUGAAUAUAUAUUUACAAUACUAUAUAUAGUACCAUGGUAUCUUUUUUGUCAAUAUUUUUAUAUUUUUUUUUUUUCAUUUAGCAUCUAAAACCCCACCUAGUAAGUUUCAUUUUAUUUUAGGUUGUAGUAGAUUUGAGAUUUACAACUGUGAUUAUAUACACAAUAUUUUAUUAAUAUCACUAUUUUAGUUAUAUUUAAGCUACUGUAAUAAAUCACAGCAUAUUUAUAUACUUGAUUUAUAAUCAUCACUUGUAGGAGUAAAUGAAAUAAAUGAAAAACUCUACUCUCCAGGACUCGAACUUGCGUUCUGUCAGUAUUACAAAGAGCUAUUAAAAUAGCCACAUUAAAUGAAUCAUAUAAUUAGCCUGCGAAACGGUACGUACGUGUUACGUACUCUAUGUAAUAUACAAAAUAUGAUUCGCCUAAAGCAGCUAUUUUAACCUCCCGAGUCCACUAGCAUACAGAGAGCCAUUUUUUAUUUCAAUUCACAUGUCACAUUUAAAAUUGUAUUAAUUGGCAACAAAAGAAUGAUGAAUUUUCUUUGCUAGUCAAAAAUUGUAUUGCAAUUUUUUAUUUACCUCACGUAUAUUAUUAAGAUGAAAUAAAACAAAUUUUUUCAUAGUUUAUCUUUUUAAUCAGUGUGGUCGUCAAAAAAUAUAGUAAGCAGCUAUCAACACUCCAACAGGCUAACAGGUGGCGCUGCGCACGCCCCUUCGCGGCUUGCACACGGCGAAUAUAUGGCACAAGUGUCGUGUAUUAAGAAAUAAUCAAGUUUAUAAUACAUUUUUGUCUGCAUUUAGCACGGUUAGUAAAAAAUCUUACAUGUCUUUUCAUGGAAUUUAAUUAUUUGGAAAUAAAAAAAGUUCUAAUAUGAUAUAGUUUAUAAUCAAUCAAUACAAAACUGUCUAUACCAAUAGGUACCAUAGUAAAAAUACCUAUUUUAAUACAGAGGCCUUUUUAACUCUCAUGAAGUAUUAUUUCAAGACACUAAGACACGUUUGAUUUUUGUUUACAAAUUGUAUCGUGUACACAAAAAAUAAUUAAGUACUUAGUAAGUAAUGAGUUUUACUUAGUUUUAUAUUUAGUAAAAUUAAGUAAAAAAAGAAAAAAAAUAA